GUAAUCAACAAGCAGGUAUUAAUGCAUCCACAGACACAUGUUGGCAAAAAAAAGGUUCCGGAAGGGCUUAUAAUAGUUUGUCAGGUGUGGCCUCACUGAUAGGGGAAAAAACAGGGAAAAUUGUGCAUCACACCCUCAGAAUUGCUGGUUGCCGUAUAUGUCGGAAUGCACAAAAGAAGGGAGGACCACCGUUACCCCACAACUGUAAGAAAAACUGGUCAGGGACAGCAAAAGGCAUGGAACCAGACAUGGUAGUUCAGUUAGUGAAAGAUGUACAUGAACAAGAUAUCAAUAUAAAUGAACUGGCAGGUGAUGACGAUUCGGUUGGGUUUGACCGGGUAAAAAAACUACUACCAAAUUCGAAAAUGGUAAAAACAAGCGACAGAAAUCAUAUCAUCAUAAAUGUCACCAAAAAGCUUUACGCUCUUAAACCAAAGCAAAAAGAGUUGACACCAAUGGUUAUCAAUUCAAUUACCAAGAACUAUUCAUACAUGUUGGCACAAAAUCAAGAUUCUCCAGAAAAAAUAGAAAAAGGAGUAAGAGGGAUGAUUGAUCAUAUGUAUGGGAAACACGAAAACUGUGAUAUAAAAUGGUGUGGUUUUUUAAAAGACAGAGCGUCAUACAGGCACACAAAUUUACCUUUCGGAAAGGACUUGAAAUCUGAAAGUCUCAGAGCUGAUCUGGAGAAAUUGUUUCUGGGAAAAAUAGAGAGCCAAUCAAAAAAACUAUCAAAACUUGCCAGUUCCCAAGCAAAUGAGAGCUUUAACCAUACGGUCUCGACCAAGGCAGCAAAGAAUAAACAUUAUUCGGGCUCCUCCAGUUUAAAUUAUCGUGUCAGUGCCGCAGUUUUACAAAAGAAUGAGGGAUAUGGUUAUGUGUCAAAGGUGAGUGAAGCAGCUGGAUUGUCACCAGGGAAUGAGACUAUCAAGAGGGCUAUACGAUUGAAUGGAAAGAGGGAUAAAAAAUCUGAAAGAGCCAAAACAAAGCAACACAAAAAAAGAAGAAUCAAUCUGAAAAAAGAAAGAUCAGUGAAAAGUACCGGAGUUGAAAUGAGAGAAGGAAAAACUUAUGAAAGUGAAAUAGGAAUGGACAAUGAGCAGUUAGAUGAAGAAAUCCCUGCUCCAAUGAAUGCAUCUUUAUGUAUACCGAUAGAUAUUUCUACAGCUCCACUGGUAGUCUUUGAUUUAGAAACUACAAGCCUAUAUAGAACAUCAGAUGUUAUACAGAUUGCUGCAACUUCAAGCAAUAAUGAAUUUAGCAGUUACGUCUUUCCAAACCAACCAAUCUCAAUACAGGCCUCCGAAAUAACAAAAAUUACCGUUUCUGCUAAUCAGAUGUUUUAUGAUUUACAACCUGUUUCGUACAAGUUACCACAUGAAGCUCUCACUGAUUUUAUAACAUUUCUUUCCAAAUAUCCAUCAAAGCCAAUUCUAGUAGGACACAACAUCAAACGAUUCGACUGCCAUGUUUUGUAUUAUUCUUUAAAGGCAAAUCAGAUGUGGAAUGAGUUUUCAUCUCAUGUAUGUGGGUUUGUAGACACUCUGGAGCUAUUUAAGAAGAUAAUGCCAGGAUUACCAUCAUAUUCUCAAACUUCAUUGGUGUCACAUAUUCUCGGUGAAAACUAUUGUGCACACAAUGCAGUUGAUGACACUAGAGCAUUGUUUAAAUUAUUAACCUCAAAAGCCUUAAACAAUCUGGAUGCAUUUGUAUUUCCUGUAAGUCAUCCUUAUGACUGUAUAGUCCAGCAAGACAAUUUGAAGUCUUACAAUGAAGCCAUUGCUUGUAAAGCAAUAUCACGAGCCACUGCUUUGAAGGCAUCAAAAUCCAACUUAAAGCUUUCUCAUCUGAAACUGUCUAUUGAGAGAAUGGGUCUAGAAGGAUUAAAAGCUUUAUUGUCUGAAAAAACUGACAGAGGAAAUGUUCGAGUCACAAAUUGUAUGAAGGUCAUUCGCAAAAUAUUUGACUUCCUAACACCUGAAAGCUAGUUGAUUAUUCUUUGUAAUUAUAUUGACUUAUAUAUUACAUGUAUAUCUUUUCAGCUAACCUUUUUGGCAAUUUUCAUCACCAAUCAUGACUUGUCUGUAAAUAGUUUUUGUAUAAUCUCCUGCUUUAUACACAGAAUUUUAGAACUUUCCAGAUGAAUUUAUUUCUAUCAAUAAAUGACUUUUUUAAGUGUUGACCGAUAUUAGUUGCAAUUGUUAAAGAAAGAUAGCCAUCCUGUCUGAA